GUUCACGUCAGAGAGCCCCUCGUUAUGAGAUGUCAGAACAAGAAAGUUAUAAAACGAAAACCCCGACCUCAGUGGAACGGCAGUAUAAACGAUGUUGAGUCAAUGAAACUGAGUAAAAGUGAAGUAGAGAAACGAACGAAGUUGUACUCUGCAAAACACAUGGAGAAAAUCAGGAAUGAAAUCAAAGCUAUGCAACGAAAAGAGAAAUCACUCCAGAGUGCAAUACAUUCCAGCCCCUUUGUGGCCCACAACAGAUCUAUAGUUGUCCAGGAGGCCACGGACACUAAAUCUAAGUUACAAGAACUGCUAAAUGAAACUGAUCGUAAGAUGGCAGAAGCGAAGGAUAUGUUCGGGGACCACGGCUAUAAGUAUAGAGUUAUACCAAAUGUUACUAGUGCACCAAGGUUCAAUCACAGCCCGAUUACCCUCGCCCGCACCAUGGUUGAUGAGAGCUCAUCUCCUCCUACAGCCCUGAAUGACACUCAGAAGUUAGGAGUAGUAACUGUGGAGACACUGCCUCCUGAAACUAGUACACUCGACCUGACACGGAUCAGACAGCUGUUAAACCAGGAAAAGGAGAACUGUGUUCUGACGGCUCAGAAUACAUUGAUCAACUCAAAUUUGGUCAACACCGCGACUGCAGUAAAAAUUAACAAAGUUCUCGACUUCAAUGAAGACAUUCCCUCGGUAAGAAUGGCCGAUAGAUCAAGAAGAAAAGUGAGAAUAGGAGACACUCAAAAAGCUGCAGCAGCAGGAGAAGCUGAAGCUCGAGACCAUUGGUCUCCCGUUCCAGUCGAAGUUAAUACUAACCACGUGGUUAUGAGUAGUAAACCAGAAAAAAGUAACUCGUUUGAGGCGUCCCCGCCGCGACUCAGGGAAAGCAGCUCGGAGAGUCUCGUGUCACCAAGCAGAAUAAAGAAGCAGCAGAGUUUGAAGAAAAGAAGUCCGAAGAGUGAUGGUGGGAGUGAUUCAAAAGACGAUAAAACUAAAACUAAGAAAAGGACACCAGAGAAAAAGCCGACUUCUCCAGUCCAGAUCGUAUCUAAAAGUGCACCACCACCGCACAGUGCAACGUCCCCAAACAGUGCACCACCAGCAGAUAGUGCACCUAAACUGGGCGACAGUUUUACUGAACACCGCUACCCGUCCUUACUGAAGGUACCUGCUAUCAAGGAGGAUGAAGACUCACCUAUUGAUAAUGGAGCAGAAGAGGUUGAUCCAAUAAGGGCAUCAAGGAGUCCCUCAGGACGGAAGAUAAGUCCUCGGAAUAACCUGGUGAACAUGGCAACUAGCCCGGUACCUACUCCACGUCCGGUCUCUACUCACAGCAUGGCUACUUCUCCUGUCAGAGCUUUACAGGGACCCGUAAAAGGACUAGCUAUUGAGAAAAAAGAAGGACACCAUUCGUAUGACAGACAAUAUACUGAUCAAGAGCUAAAAGAUCGUCUAGAAAGCCUGAUAGUUGGUGGACACUACCCGUUUGCUAGAGUUGAACAGAAGUCCUAUGCUAUUGCUGAUCCUGAUGGCAACAAGGAGGAUAAAGAAACAGAUAAACAAGUCGGUACCUGGAUUCGUGCCAACUUUCCCAGCGAAGGAGAGAAUCUUACAUUUGAGGACAGUUCACCUCUGAAAGGAGCCGCUCUGGAUCUUGAACUAAAACUCAGAAAAUACCAGUCUCAAAUCGGCGACAAACCAAACAAAAAGAACGCCCCAAUGGGUGGUUUCAGUGGAUACACGUCCCUGUUGUUGAGGUCUGUAUCAACUAUGAUAGGCUAUUUAACAGAACAGGAAGGGAACACAUUGGACGAAAGAGGCAUGAGGAGUGAAGUAAUUGAAACCAUGUCAGCUUUGCAGAAUACUGUGGAAACGCUGUCGACUGAACUAUUAUCGUGCAGAAAGGACCUGUCGGAGACCAAACAGAAAGUUCAAGUAAUGGAGCAGGAUUACAGUUCAACUCUGAUGUUCCUUAUAGAUAACUGCGUUCUAAAAGAUCCUUCACUUCAAACCCCGCUCAGAGCUGAACGUAUAGAGCCGCUCCCGACUGUGAUCUCCCCCUUCACCAAAUCUCCCCCACAACCUCCUCCAGACACUACCCCCGAUCUGUUGACCUUCACUCCUCACCCUAACAAAUCUGAGAAUCUGAUGGAGUUUACUCCCGGUCAAGCUGACGGUCAGACUGCACAGACGGACUCUCUGGUUCAGAUCACACCUGAAACUUCGGAGCAGUAUUUACAGUACCUUGAGGAAAAGACAGAGGCACUGAGGAGUGGUCUUGAUGACAAAAUAAACAAGAUGAACAAGCGCGAGGACAGAAGUGUGGACAGAGGUGCGGACAGAAGUGCGGACAGAAGUGCGGACAAAAGUUUUGUGUCGAUAGAAAGUGAAAGUCCUGAGAAACCCGAAAUAAUAGAUAACGAAAAGAACUCUCUUUUAGCUCAGAACAAGAGCAAUUUAUCCUGCAUGAAUUUUUCAAAUCUAACGGAAGAUGGUUUGGAUUUAAGCCAAGAUCUGGAUGCUCUUAUCAAUAGAUUGAAACAGAUGAACGCUCAAACUCUUGCAGUUACCUCUCAGCAAAUGGGUCUUACACCGAGGAAAGCUGACGCAGAUGUCAUCGAAAGCGUUAAAAAUAUCAAGGAUUUGCUUGACGUUGAGCAGACUAAGCCGCAGGAAGCAGCGACGAGAGUCAUUGAAUCCUACAACAGACAGUCUGAUUUUAGUCCUUCCCAGCUGCUACCUGAUGUUCAGGAAAGUACACCUAACUCUGAUAGUAAGCAUUCCAAGCGUUCCAAUGAGCUCUCAGCCCAGAGUCUGCACCCUGCAGAGGUUAGCCCCAUCUUUAUUUCCCCUCCUGAUGUAAAUAGUGCUUCUUCUGGUCGAAUUUCUGGCGAAUAUAUCGGCUCAUUUUCUGGAACUGAACCGGUAGCAGUGAGACCACUGACUCCAAACCCGCUGUCUCCUCGCCGAGUCGAAGAAGAGAUAAGACGAUCAACUCCUGACUGUAAAAUCUCAGGUACUCCACCUAAUGAGACUCAUUCAGUGUCAUCUAGCCCCCCUGGAAGCCCCUCCAAUUGUCUGGAUGUCUCUUUUUCGGACACAAGCCCCACAAUUUGUCGCUCCUACUCCUCCAUUUUACAGUCCCCCUCCGCAUUCUCUCCCCCUACCAAGGAAGGAAACGAACCUUCCUCGACCGAAUCUUCUCCUAAACAUGACAAAACAGCUAUGAUAAACGAUUUCCUGUCCCACAAUCCUCACUACCUAAAGAAGAUAUCAGAAAGCCUGACCAGUGCCUCUCUCCCAUCCUUCCCAACUUCACCAACUCAAGUCUCCACCGCGAGGUUAACUAAGGAUGACGGGGUACCGAAUGAGACCGAGAAAUCACCAUUUGUCAAACCAACUGGUGGUAGUCCAGGUGUACCGGAGGCCGUAAUCAGAGGAUCUGUCUUCAAAAAUAUCGCCAAAUUCGAGAAGAAACUGGAAGAAGCAGAACUGGAGCGAGAACGCAGCAUCUCUCCCAAAAGGUCCCCCACACGGAGAGGAAAGGGGUCGAUAAAAAGGGCGACGAGAAGUGCAUUGUCACCGGAGAGGAAGCCUAACUCUCCUAAAGUCAAACAUCGGGUGUCUUGGGAAGGAGACUUAAAUGAUCAGGAUUCUCCACCACCAAAAAACAACAUCAAACCUACGAAAGGGGUUGAACAACAAGAAGAAGAGUCGGAAAUAGUGAUGAAACCUGACAGAUCUCUGCUUCCGGAACGACGCAUUCCUGAAAAAACUAAAGAUGAACGAAGAGUCACCAAAAAGACAGUAAACGGCCGGAAAUCUCCAGAGGAGAAUACUAAUGGGCGGGCUCCGGAGAAGGCAGUCCAGGGAAAACGUGCACCUGAAAAGAAGAAGGUGGCAAAUGGAUCGCAUCCAAAAAAUGGGUCAACACCGUCGGCUGCUGAUCCCAAGGGAAAGAAAGACACUCCUCCACCUCCUCAGAAACAAGAAGGAGAUGUUAAGUCAACAGGGAAUAGAGAGCCGAAGCUCUCAUCUCAAUCAUCAGGUCUAUAUUUUGAAGAAAAUCAUUACAGCCCUCUAACAGCCCUCUAGCAGCCCUAUAACAACCAGCUGUUACGGCAGUGACCUCAUGGACAGGCUGAUGUCGAUGAACGACGCGAAACUAACAGAGUUGGUCACAACCCUCAAUAGGCUCAGUGAGAGAUGAGACUCCAAAAUACUGAGUACAGGAAACUGAGGAAACUCCAAGAGAACUGCAAUGCUUGGACUCAUGAUAGAUAUUUCCUGAUUGCAUGAAAAAUAACGAUAUCCUCGAGUCAGAGUCAGAGGCUGACUUGAAACUUUAUAGUACGAUAUUUAUAAUGUCCCGGAAUUUGUUAAGAUUACUUUCUGAUUUGUAUCUAAGUUCCGACUGACAAAUGACGAUCAUAUGACAUACCUUAUAUUUGCAAUAAUUAUGGGAGCAGUAUUUUAACUUAAUAUGUGUUGUAUUUAGAUUAUUCUGUACAGGAGUAUGUAAAUUAAUAAAAUGUGGUUUAGUUCCACUUGAUGAGUUAUGACUAUUAUCACCCCCUUCUUUAUCACAGCUAUUUCAUUUCAGAACUAUGAUACCCACAGUUUGAGUUAUGUGAUGCAGAUAUUUUAAUUUAGUUUAUUCAUCAAGUUAUUGAUGAAAUAUUGUGUUAUUAUGAGCGCCUUAAUAGAAUGAAUUAAACUGAAGGUUUCUGUUUAAUAAUAAAAUGAACUUGCUAACAUGCUAUAGAAUAUGACUCUAUAUUAUUCAUC